CGGCGCCAAUGGCGCGCGCGGCCCGCCGUUCAAAGCCGGCAGCGCGAGCGGUGGGUAACGGCUCCGGGGCCCGCCCGGUAACGGCUCCGGGGGCGGCGCGGCCCCUCCGCGCUCCCCGUCCCCGCGGGCCAUGGACCUGUCGAGGGAGUUCUUCGGGAAGCUGCGCGGGCUGGCGCUCGCCCUGGAGAGGGAGGCGCGGCAGCUGGAGCGGGCCCUGCGCAGGGAGGACGCGGACUAUGAAGAUGAACCUUCAAUAAGAGUCUUACAUGACCUCCAUUGUGAAAUCAGGACUCUGAAGGAAGAAGUUAAUGCCAGUCUUGGUAAGAGUUGUUCUGAAAAACAAGCAAUUCAUGACUUUAUGAAGGCAAGUGAAAUAUUGAUGCAAAGAAAUGCAGCGGAUCUUGGAAAAAUAAGAGAGCUGUUCCAGAAAUAUGGCUACAAACCACAUUUCAAAGACCCUACAGAAGAGAAGAAAGAAGCUGUUAACAGUGAUUCAAUGGUGUCUGUCCAGAACAAAUUUGAGGAAGAAAAAUCAGAUGAUGUGCCUCACCUUCCUGCUUCUGCUGAGAAGCCACUGGUGCCCAAGGACCCACUGCGUAACCCCCAGCUUGCUGAUUUUGGCCUUUCACAAUAUGCUUUCUCCAGGCCUUGGAGUGCAGUGAAAGGGCAACGUGCAACAAAUGCACCUCAAGAAAAUGCAAGCAGCAGGACUCCCUUGAAAACACAGACCCCCCAUACUUUGCCCAAAACACCAAAAUGUAUGCUAAAGAUGGAUGAUUAUGAGUGUAUAACACCAAAACUUGAACACUUUGGCAUUAGUGAACAUACCAUGUGUAUGAAUGAAGAUUAUACUAUGUCACUUAUUCAUAAAACUGCUCAGGCAAGCAAGAUGUUGGUUAAAAAAGAUGGUAAUGAAGUGAAUAUACCAGAAAUGACAGCCAGGGAAAUCAUGGUUACUCCUCGGCCAAAACAAAAAGUGCCAGCUGAGAAUGCACCUGACUGGAUGACUUCUCCUAUGGUAUUUGUGUUCUGUACUCCUGAGGUGAAUAUCUCUACCAGAAAAAACAGUAAACCACAAUCAAGGUCACCAGAGCCAAAUGAACUGCCUCUUCCUAGCCACACCAGAACACCACAGUUUCCAGAUUUUGAAACAAGAUGGCUAAAAACUGAAGCUAAGCAGGUAAAGCAGGGGGAAAAGACUGAGUCUGUGACAAAGAGUGAUGCAACAGACAAUAACCAAUACAGAGGAAAUAACCUUCCUUUUGCUGUGAGCUCUGAUGAGUACCUGAAACAUUUUGGAGACCCUUCUCCUCCUGAAAUAAAACACUAUGACCACUUACUCAAUACUCCUCCACCUCCAGAAAUAACAAGGAUACCAGAUGAUGUUCUACAGAUUCUGUCCAAGUAUAACCAUAAAGCAGAUGCUUCUAAAGCCAAGGAAACAGAGACAAAGGGAGGGAAUACUACAAGAUAUGAAAGUGAUUUCACUGAUUACUGCAACAAAGAGAACAGAGGAUAUCCUGGAUUUUUCAAGCCAAACAUCUGAAAUCAAGCUGAAGACCAUGUUUCAUGUUCAUGGGUCUCAUCACCGGAUCAUAAGCUCAAAAAGUAAAACAAAAUAGUGGUGAGAGGAAAGAGCUACACAAAAGAAGCUUUUUGAUGGAGGAAGUUUGAUGUGGACCAACCUGUUUGAACUAACAACUUGUGCUUAAUUGUUUUAUUGAAAUUAUUGGCAAAAUAUAUUGAGGGUUUAUAAAUACAGAUAUGCUUCAAAGAGGACUGGGGUCAUGCAUGAGGUGGUACUUCAGUUUCACCUGUUCUCAUGUUUGUGUAGGGAGGUGUUUGCAGCAGGCUGUAGAGAAGUGCUGCUAGGUUGCAAGAAGGGGCAAGUCCAGUUCAUUGCUCCAGAAAGUGGAUAUGUAUCUGACUGUUCUGGUGACACUGCACAGCUUUUCAGGGCUGAGUUUGAAGUCUAGUACUUCAAAAGUAUUGGGUGUCUUCAAUAAAAACAAGUUGUUUUACUUGAAGAGUAACUCCUGCCCCCCUGUUUAAAGUACUUCUGUGCUAUUGGUCACUGCUGUAAUGCUAAGACAUACCAGACAUAUUCCUGCAUCAGGCUCUCAGUUACUGAUCUGAUAGGUGGGCUUUUCUUACCCUGAUCCUGCUUUCUUAUUACAGCUUUCUUUGUACUGGGGGCUAUACAUUGGUUUUCCUUUUGACAAUCUAACCACAAAGCUCUAAAAGGUGACUGGCUUGAAUAUGAUUUAUUUUAAAAUCUCCUGUGAAAUCACUACAGCUUACAGAAGCUUACUGCUUCAGCUGCUGGAAGGACCUGUUGGCUGGCAUGUGCCUUUUGUGAGUGGUGGUUUCACUUCUAAACACGCACAUCUAUCCCCAUAAUAGCUGACCAAGCUGAAGUUCUCUGAGCUGUUGAGCACUUUUUUGAUAUCUGGUACUCAUAGUAAUCAGCCUUUUUUUUUUUUCUACCAGAGGUUUUACUUUUGUCCACAAGAAUUCUCAGCUACAUAUCCUUGUCUGGUGUCAGUUUGAUGUCUCCAAUGUCACCUAUUCCUCUGAGUGACUCCAGGACUGUUCUUGCCAGCUGUAAUGUGGUCUUUCUGAUGAUGGCUAAAACUUUGUUAUUUAUAUGAGGGCAGGGAUAUGCAACACAUGAGAAGGGAGAGACUGUCCCAGGAAGUGGGGAGAAGGGUGUGUGUUUUGAACACAGCUUCACAUUUUUAAGUCUUUGAGAUAUGCAAACAUCUGGAGAUACCUGGAAGUGUUUCUCCAAUUGUUUAGAUGGACUUAUCUUUGCUAAAACCUAGCAAGUAAAGGAGCUUUUUUCCAUCCCAUUCCAGUCAUUAUCCAGGAUAAGCAUACAUCAAAUUAACUGGAGAAGCUAAUUUUCUACUGUUGUAAUUUUUCUGUGCUGGCUUCUGUUUAAAAAUAUGUAUGUAUUGUGUGUCAGUCUUUGAUAUUGAUUGAUGCUUUUGAAUACUAAAUAAAUCUGUCUCAGAUGUUUGGUGGCUCUUUGGAAAACUAAUCAUCUGCCACUAUAAAAGCAUUUACUUCUUUCCAGCUCCUUCAGCGAGUGAAUGCCAGACCUGCUUCCACCAUCUUCACAGACUGAAAAACAUUUAAUGGGCUGGAUUCUAGUCAUGGAGUUUCAUGGUCUUAAAAAGGUACAAAGUAUUCUGCUGCAGAGCAAGAGUUUUUCAUCUAGACAUUUACCAGCAAUAAGCAGGAGGUGUUUCACAGCCUGCAUUCUCCCUUCACAGCACUUUAGGGCUACUUUCUUGCCCUAAAGCAAUCCAGAUAUCCCAAUAGACUCCAUUUAGUCAAAUGGAACAAGCAGCACUACUUUCCUGGUCCUUGCUGUAUUCCCGCUCCACUUUGCCUCUUCAACUAAUGAAAUUCUAGAAAGGUCUGGCCAGCAUCUUCCCUAAACGUGAGGACAGCUGUGCUCCAUGCUUUUCUCCAUUAGGGAACUGCAGUGCUAUACCAGUGCUGGGCUCUCACAGUAAGCCACUUGAAUCAUUGUUCUUCCUAUUGAAUAUAAUUUUCUGCUAUAUUUUACCACUAUUUCAUUAAUUAAUAUGAAAUAAAUUAAUAUUUUGAGAUACAAA